CUUCAUUUCGGAGCCACUAGAAUUAUUCCAGACAGGGUCGUGCAGGGUCGAGAAACUUUCGAAAAUGCAACUCGAACUCCUAAAACUAAAUCUAAGCUCCAAGUGAAAUUUCGCAACUGCAAUUCGGUUCCGAACCUCGUGAGAGCACGUAUCGCAGAAAAUGAACACAAGAAUCGCAACUACACUCCAUACCUAGCUAACGUAACAGAUCAGUCACAAAUCAAUCAAAAUCAAAAUGACUUCUUCUAGCAAGGAGGUUUUUUCUUCAAAGAGGGAGGGUAGCGCUAUUGCUAUUGCUAUCGGAUGGACACCACGAAUAGUACGAUCUAGAAUUUUGAGUUUUUGACUAGCAAGAGAAAGUACCAAGCAGUGUGCUGCCAUCAAAUUUUUGAAAAGAUCUCUAGCUGUUGAAGCACCUACAGUAACCAGAAUCACAAAGCUCUUUGCUGCAGUUUUGCCCAUUCUCAAAACCAAAAAAUUUUCAAUCCACAAAUGACUACAGGACCACCCAUUUUUUACUAGCACUGCCAUUGCACAACGAUUCCGAUACGUGUAUAAUUAGACUUCUGCAUUUGCACCCACGACAUUAGUUACCUUCAUCUUGAAUCAAGAAAACCAAGCACCAAAAACCUAUCACCAUGUCGGACGACUGGGAAGACGAGGACAACUGGUCCGAGGAGGAGAAGGAGGACGACUGGGAGGGAGCGGAUGACUCUUAUGCAUUGCAAAUGUAUCGUGCUAAGUAUAAAUCGCAUUACAAAUUUGCUCAGCAUGAGAAAUGGAAUUUGUUUUACAACCUUGACAAGAGGAUUUGUCAUGCAUAUUAACUGCAAUUAGUUUAGUACGAGUGCGAUGCUUUUGCCAUGUAUAAUUCUUCUUCAAAAACUAAACCAACAACCUCCGCCCCGGCUGGUGCGACGACGACUCCGACAACAACGCAGAAGAAGGAAGUAGAACACGAUGACGACAACUACGAGAUUCUGGAUCAGGACAACAAAACUUCUUCUGUCUUCAGCUCCAGUACCACUCCGCCGGUGAUUGUGAACAAAUCCGACGCCCCGUCAGAGAUCCAGAGCAGUCCGAGUCCGGCGAAGGAUAAGAAGAAGGAGACUUUGCUCCCUGAAUUGACAACCGGUAAUAUCGACGCUUUGAACAAAAAGGACGGCUCUGUGCAAACGAUCAACAGCUUUGAGAGCUUUGAAGUGAAGCAGAUGCAGGACGUGGAGAAGUUGAUCACGCAGUUCUUACAGCCGAAAUUGUUUCCAGCAUCUUCCGCGGAAAACGAGAAACAGUCGGUGAAAUCGGGUACAACUGGUGCUACCACGAACAAAAAAGGCGUUGUUUCCAAAAACGCGCACGGGAAAUGCCUAUCCCUCGCGGUGGAGAAGCAGUUUGCGAAGUUAGAGUUGAAGCAGAUGGAGGCUUUUCAGGGGGAAUUGACGAAGUUGAUCACGAAAAAGAAAAAGGAGGAAAAAGAAGCGGAGCAAAACGCGAAGAAGGAGCAGGUCAAAGCGGAUCUGGAGCAGAAAAAGGCAGAGGAGGAGAGGUUGAAAAAGGAGGCGGAGGAGAAGGGGGAGGCGUACGUGAACGACGAGGACUUCUUCGCGGGGUUGGAGUAAAAGAUUUGUGCAAGAUGAACAACUUGAACUUCUUCUUCGACCGAUCAUCUCUUCUUCGAUUUCGCGUAAGAACGGCGUGCUAGCAGGUGCAAAGAUUGUCAUUGUCGUGCGGCGCAGAGACGGUGUUUAUUGCAGGUACGUGAACGUGAAUAAGAAUAACAUCAGUUUGGAGGAGUUGCUUGUUUUUCCUCGCAUGAUCAUGUAGUUCAUGACGCCUUUUUACCGCAUCGUUUUUUGAUGCUGUGCUGAAUUUUUUGCUCCGCUGAGAUAACUCAAAAGAAAAAACAUCACUAUCAGGUUCUACUCCUCGAUACCAGUAAGAGCCUUGCAGACCCGUCGUCCCGGCUACCGCCAGAUGAUGAAACGAUGAUUCUGCACCUGCCACGAUUCGCAGCUUGCAAAGGUGGAAGAAGAUUUGAUCGCUGAUUACUUUUUUGCUCCGAGGAUCCAUCGAAUUAACGUGGGUUCAGACGAGCGUGUCGACUACACGAAGAUUUCAUCUUUCGGGUCGACGAAAAAAGCAACGCAUUUGGCAGUAGUUUGCUUCCAUCCACCUCCCCGGGUGGAGCGGCCACUGCUGGCAUACUUGACGGGAACGUUCAGAGAUGAAGAGGAGCUUCUAUGAACUUUAACUUUCACAUUUUCCUUCUUUACACGACUUUUAUCUUUACGCAGAAAUAAUCUUAAUAUCUACCCCUGCAGUGCUACCCAAUUUCAUCCAGAAGUUGAAGAUUUCACAAGGACCUUGCUUGUUAAAUUUCACGCCGGCUUCUACCCCAUCAACAACUUUGUGAUGC